AUGGCUCGAGCUAAGCAAGCGGCACGUAUACCACGCGGAGGACCAGCUGAGGCUGGAGGUCCUGGCGGGAAUGAACCUCCACAAAACAAUCAAGGAAUGACAAUCGCUGGCCACUGCAUAUCUGAUCAACCCUCACAACCUCAGCAAGGUGAUUACUAUGAAUAUCUGGACCGAAACAGAAUUAACAUAUACAAAGCAGUGGACUCGUGGAGAUCAUACAAAAAUGAUUCCGUGAAUCUCCAGAUGACGACCGGCAUACAAGCCUGCUCUCCGGCGACUGUGCUCACGAUUGGCAAAGGUCAACCUCAGCAAGGGUAUCAGCCUCAAGUUCAAGGCCUGAAUGCGAACGUGCGUCAAUUCCAAACCUCACAUUCACAAUUUGCGGCCAAUCAAUUUCCAAGGUCAGUUCAUAAUUUCGCUCGAUAUUCCACAUAUCGAGUUGACAAGUCAUACAGAGUUUCAGAUGGCCCACGGAAGAGGCGGAUUGUUCAACAGGCACCAAAUUCGUCGCAAAUGGCCCCUCACCCACCCGGGCCGCGAUACAAUCUUCGGCAGAGACGACCAGACCAAAUCGCGCCGUACUCUGCCCCGGCCUCACCAGAUGCCGCUCUUCCAUCCACGGAGGCUCCGCGUGUGCCGACGGGCUCUGUGCAAAUCCCGAAUCUGCCAAUUCACCAUGCUAGGGGUCGACGUUUUCGUUCAGCAACUCCUCGUGAAGUCGCCUCACCGCCUCCACCAGAGGCAAGCCCCGACUACAAGAGAAAGGCGGAACUCCCAACAGCUUGCAGAGAAAGCCCACAGAAGCUUUUAGUAAUCCUCGAUCUGAACGGUACUCUUCUUGUCAGACCAAAUGGUCGCACGGAUCCUAAAAUGUUCAAAAUCCGACCUGGUGUUAGACAACUCCUCGACUACUUGUUUGAAAACCACGUGGUGAUGGUGUAUUCAUCCACCAGACCAGAAAAUGCCACUGGCAUGGUCAACAACCUUAUCCACCCUACACAACGGGCCAAGAUGGCUGCUGUAUGGGGCCGAGAUAAGUUGGAUCUGUCCCAGGAGCAGUAUUACAACAAAGUUCAGGUCUACAAAAAUUUGCUUAAGAUUUGGCGCGACAAAUCCAUCCAAUCUAAGGCUGAACCCGGUCGAAAGUGGGAUCAGAGCAACACUGUGCUUGUGGACGAUUGCCGGUUGAAAGCCCUCGCACAGCCACAUAAUCUGUUGCAGGUUCCAGAGUUCGAGAACAAUGCACCUCGACAGGGGGGACAGGCUCUACGAGAAUGGCAGCUGCAACAAAUGGAGAUUGUUAAGUCUCUGGAGCAGAAAUUAGAAGAACUCAAAUGGCAAGUCGAUGUAUCUCGGCUUAUUCGAGAGUGGCAGACAGGGAAACGACAAGCGCCCGGUGUUGUUGAUGAGACGGUCGAUCAAAAGACGCAAAAGAGCCUUCAACAACAACAACAAGAACCCAGCCCUGCUCCAAGUGGCGGUCAGCCAAGUGAACCUCAGAAUUUUUCAACUUCCAGGAGUCCUCCACGCUUUGAGACCGACCCCCCUGAAUACGAGCAAACAGAUGGGACCAUCGACGAACAGUCUAACACUUCGCUCCUGGACAAACUCCAAAUCAGUCUUAGGAAAACCACGACCAAGGACAUCCGCCGUAGUGAGUCGCCUAUUGAUGAGAGCGUAUGGAGUGAGAUUGUUACUGGAGGAAAGGCAGAAAACCAGAAACAAGAGGGCAAAGGGAAGACUUCGCAGGGCGAUAACCUGCCUACUCCGGAGAGUAUGGGUGCUUGA